AGUUUCGAAGAUGCCUUCGGAAUCAAACUUUGUUUCACAACGAUAAGAAAAAUAUUUUUCAAAUACUAUAACACAUAAAAAAGUACUGGAUGGUGGGGGUUGAUGUCAUCGGUUCCCUCAUUUGCACUGUUUUGUAAAAUGAGGACCUAAAAUGAGACCCUGGAUGUGUCACGUGAAAAAUCACAUGACAAUAUUUGGUCACAUGUACACGACGUCCAGCGGGGUGGAGCCAGCAAGUUCAAGGAGUCUCGGAGUUCUGAUAUUCUACCCAAACGUCCUCUUCUGUGAAAUAACUACAAUAGACUGGAGCCAUUCUGGAAAAAGAGGCCUAUAUAAACUUCUAAAGGCAUUUUGGGAAGAACGAUUAGAGAGGACAUUUCAUUCAAGAUGAAGUACUCAAUCUCCUGUGUGAUGUUGCUGACAUUGGUUGGAGGCAUUGCUAGCAUUCAUGCAAGAGUCAAGCCUCAGCCGCGGGAAGCUGUCCCGAGCAAUUUCGAUCCAUCACUUCCGCGUGUAAUCAAAGCAUUCUCAAUACAGCCAGCUAAAUCUCUUGAGAGAAAGAGCCACUACAAGCCAAUUUUUGAGGCGGUUCCUGAUGUGCUGGAGGUGGCUAGAAAAAACCUUGCCACCAAAUUUGCGGAGUUUGCCUCUAACACAUCUUGGUUGAAUGACACGCUGCAUGGUUCCGGGAAUAAAGUGACCGUUUUCGCAUUCUCAGAUGAUGCGUAUAGUCACAGCUCCUCGGCGGUGAAGGCGGCACUGGCAGAUGUCUGGGGCAGAAAUCAGAUUUUGCAGUAUCAUGUUGCAUCAGGGGUUUAUUUUGGUCAUGACAUCAGCAAGAACGAGAAUACAGUUGUUUAUUCUUUGUACCCAUCUCCGCCUUUUAAGCCCACUCCCCAGUGGCAAUUUCAGCCCAUCCAACUUGACUCUUAUUUGGUGGAUUCAGGAGGGCGUAGCACGGUGAAGACAGCGAGUGGUUCUCCUAUCACAAAGUUUGAUCUGACGGCUAGUAAUGGAAUUGUCCACAUCAUUGACAGGGUUAUGUACCCGAUACCUACUGGAUCAAACUUGGCCAGAUACUUUGAAUUAGAGCCCAAAUACAGCUCCCUCUAUUCUGCUCUUGAGACGGCCAACCUCACCCUUGCCAUAUCGACCCCAGACUUCAAGCCUCUGACCCUCCUGGCACCCAACAAUGGUGCCUUUGAAAAACUAAGCAAAGCCCAACAGGAGCUACUGAAGAACACCACAAUCCUCCAACAAGUCCUUACCUAUCACGUAAUGGUAGGGUCCUACUACAGUGCAGCCAUCUAUGAGGAUUUCCAGCGCCCUUCCUUGGAAGGUUCUACCAUCUACUUCCAGAAAGGGGCAGGUGGGGUAUCCGCUGAAGGGAAGAUGGUGGUGAAUUUUGAUACAACUGUGACCAAUGGGGUGGUACAUGAAUUGGAUGGCGUCAUGUUCCCUUGAUCCCUUAACCAUCUUAUGUCCAAUGAGUAAAUAUCUCUGUUCAAAGUCCUUGAUAUUGAAUUAAUGUGAAUUUGGAAUUGCUUUGUAAUGUGAUAAAAAAAAAAAACAUGUUUAUGUCAUAACAGUCAUGUGCAUGCAGUUUUUAAUCAAGUAACUUGCAUCAGGGCUUGAGUGAAACCAAGACCAUUGAAGGCCAUGGCUGCAGAUGCCAUUUUGACUGGCCUCAAUGCCCAUCUCAUUUGCCUUGGAGAUUUUCAUGUGCCUUUAUUUUCUGUUUGUGCUGUAAUAUACACAUGUGCCAUAAAAUAUAAAAAUUAAAGGGAUGUUUCAUUGAAUUUGUGUUGUUCUCAGAUAGUAUUGAACUUAAGUGAUAAUUUUGAAUAUCUUAUAAUCAAGCAGCUUGACAAUGUGACUUGCUAGUUUUUACCGACCUGCAAUACCGACCAGGUAUAAUUCAAUCUUUCCUUGACAGGCAGGCUUGCUAAAAACAUACAACUAAAGAUCAUUCUACAUUUUCGACAGCAUCUAGAAAAUAUAGAAAUGCAAGAUGAUCACUCAAACUGCAGAAUGUAUACAUGUAGUGGUGUGGUGUUAUUGCUGGAGAUCUUUUGCUGUUGAUUUUGAUGCUUGCUUACUUUUUAAUGUACUUAUAAAAAAAGAUAACAAAGUUGAAUUUGUUUGUCACAAGGUGGAAUUUGGGCUUGUUUCAAAAUAUUACAGAAUAUUUUUUGUAGGUUUAUAGGAGUGUUUGACUUUUGUUUCAUACUGUAUGUAUUACAAUGUUUACCCAGUAUACACAUCCUAAAAUGAAAGUGUCUUUUGAUAAAUCAUUUAAUGCUUUUUCAAAUGUAAUUGUCUUUGCAGCUCUCUAUAUUUUUUUUGUAUAUUCUUGCCUUAUACGUUUGUUGCAUCCCUCUUUUAUCCAUUACAUAUAUAUUUUGUUCAUUUUUUAAAGCCAGGAUUGUGAUUUGUAAGACAAUCUUAAAGCAUCUACUGUUUUUUUAUUAAUGCCAAAAAAAAGAAGAAAUAUGAGAAGCAUAGAUGUUGAAUAACAGGCUAAAUGUUUUGAUAUCUAAGAGGGAAAUCAUUGUGUAGAAUUCUUACUAUGUAAUUGUAGCUUUUAAAGUUUUAAGUUUUAUUUUUUAUGGAAUUUAAGGGCAACCAUAUGUUUUAUGUUCGACCAUAUUUUAAUAUGAUACAUGUAGUACUGGUAUGCAUUUCUUUUUCAAUCUUACAAGUCAGGGAAAUUGAUAUAUUCAGAAAGAACUAAUAUGAACAUAGGUACACUUCUUGACUAGAAUGUUUAAAUUCAUGGAAAGUUGCACUUUUUCUUGAAGAAAUCCAUAAAUGUCUUAGAGCUUUACAAAUCACCCACCCACCACCAUAACAUUAAGUUUCACAGUUAUACUGUAAUGGUGUAUUGCAGUUUAGACCAGCAACAUGAAAUAUUCGAGAAAAAAAAUCAUUAGUGACAAAGUAAUAACUCUUUAAUCUAGCAUAAAUGUAGGUUUUUUUUUCAAUUUAAUACUGAAUUUUAGUUAAAAUUGAUUUAAAUCAUGGGAAUCUAUAGAGUUCUAUAUAUUUUAUGAAAAACUUUUAACAAAAAAUAGAAAAAAAUUAUGCAAUAUGUUACCGUUAAUACGAAAGUGUCUUUCAUUUGAUGUGAGGAAUAAAGUAUUAAUGUACAUGUAUUAUGAAGAGAUAAACGCUAUAUCUUCAGUACUAACCUAUACUAAACAAAAACAGGAGCAUAUUGCAAUAUGCACAAGAGCUUAAUCUAAUCAUGAUUAUGGUUUGACAAUCUUCAAUUACAAGAUUCUAUAUUUUUGUUUACGUUUUCAUUAAAGACAAGAUUUUUGUUACUGUA